AUGGCUGCUAGGCUACCAGGAGUAGAGGGCCAGGCAGCUCCAAAUCCUGGGGGUCCGCUUCUAGAUCUCGACGACUCGAGUCCCACAUACAACGAUGGCAGGCCUCCUCUCGUCAACGAUGAGGAGCUCCUCCAUCAAUACAAUAUCGAUCACUCCGUCAGGCCGCAACCUCGCCCCUCUGUAUCUUACGAUGAGUUCGUGGGUGCACAGCAGUCAUCCCAUGGCUUGCCAGGUAGUCCGGGGGUAUCGCGCGCUGGACAACCGUACCUGGGUACAGGGAUUCGGACUUAUUCACAAACUUCCGAUUUGAACAACUAUCAGCGGUACUCAGAUAUGGACGAUCUUCCCGAAGACGAUCCUUCCAUGCAGGGAGGCUUCUAUCACACCUCUGGUGCGGUGGAUUCAGGGCCAACUCCGAUGGUCAGUGGAGGACGGCAUGCAAACCGGAACAGUAUGGGAGGAGGCAUCAUGGGAAGGGCAAAGACGUUGUUUGGCAGGGGACCAGAAUACUCGGAAAUGGACAUGCCGUUGCGCGAGACAACGCCCGGUCAGCCCAGAAUGGACAGCGAUAUGACUGAAGACCAGGCUAAAAAGGCAGAGCACAAGAGAUUCGAUCCAGGGAAUUUCAAAUUUGGGCUCGGGAGAGGGAAGCCCGAUCCAUCCACUCUGGGCCCGAGAUUGAUACAUCUCAAUAAUCCGCCAGCGAAUGCACAGAAUCGGUACCUCGAUAAUCAUGUAUCCACAGCAAAGUACAACAUCGCGACUUUCCUACCCAAAUUCCUGUUCGAGCAGUUCUCUAAAUACGCCAAUUUGUUCUUCUUAUUUACAGCAGCUUUGCAGCAGAUACCAGGCAUCUCUCCAACUAAUCGAUAUACCACCAUUGGGCCCCUCAUCAUCGUACUGCUUGUUUCCGCCGGAAAGGAGUUGAUCGAGGAUUUCAAGCGCAAGAACUCGGAUAAGUCACUCAAUCACUCCAAAACUAAAGUAUUGAGGGGAUCAAAUUUCGAAAAUGUCAGAUGGGUUAGUGUGAAGGUGGGAGACAUUGUAAGAGUAGAAUCAGAAGAACCGUUCCCAGCGGAUCUGGUACUACUGGCUACCUCCGAGCCCGAAGGUUUGUGCUACAUCGAGACAGCCAACCUUGAUGGCGAAACGAAUUUGAAGAUCAAGCAAGCUAUUCCGGAAACUGCGAGCCUUGUGAGCCCGAACGAGCUUAGUCGGUUGUCUGGCAGGGUCCGUUCAGAACAGCCAAAUAGCAGUCUGUACACGUAUGAAGCAACUCUGACGAUGACAGCCGGUGGCGGCGAAAAGGAAUUACCCCUGGCACCAGACCAAUUGCUCCUCAGAGGGGCGACCCUCCGUAAUACUCCUUGGAUCCAUGGUAUUGUCGUCUUCACUGGCCAUGAGACGAAGCUUAUGCGUAACGCUACGGCGACUCCCAUCAAAAGGACCCAUGUGGAAAAAUUGGUGAACCUGCAGAUUAUCAUGCUAGUUGCAAUUCUUGUGGCAUUGAGCAUUAUAAGCUCUGUCGGCGAUCUCAUCAUCCGAGCUACGGCAACCAGCAAGCUUGCAUAUCUAUAUAUCGAAGACACCGGCCUUGCGAAGCAAUUCUUCUCCGACAUCUUUACCUACUGGGUUCUUUACUCCAACCUCGUGCCAAUAUCACUAUUUGUAACGAUCGAGGUCGUCAAGUAUUGGCAAGCAUUCCUAAUCAAUUCGGAUCUUGAUAUCUACUACGACCGAACGGACACUCCCGCAAUAUGCCGGACGUCGUCCCUGGUGGAAGAACUAGGACAAAUUGAGUAUAUUUUUUCGGACAAGACUGGCACCCUUACCUGCAACAUGAUGGAAUUCAAGCAAUGCUCGAUAGCAGGUAUACAGUAUGCGGAUGAGGUGCCUGAGGAUCGACGAGCCACGGAACAGAACCCCGUGGGCAUCUACGACUUUAAACAACUUGCCGAAAAUCGGAGAAAACACCCAAGCCAGACCUCCAUUCAUCAUUUCCUGGCGCUUUUAUCAACAUGUCACACGGUCAUCCCAGAAAGAAGGGACGAAAAGCCUGGCGAGAUCAAAUAUCAGGCGGCUUCACCAGAUGAGGGUGCUCUGGUUGAAGGUGCGGUGAUGCUGGGCUAUCAAUUUACGGCUCGAAGGCCCCGCUCUGUGACGAUUUCAGUAGAAGGUGAGGAGUAUGAGUAUCAGCUGUUAGCUGUUUUAGAAUUCAAUUCAACACGAAAACGUAUGUCGACAAUAUUCAGAUGCCCCGAUGGCAAAGUGCGCUGCUACUGCAAGGGAGCUGAUACCGUCAUUCUGGAGCGACUUGGUAAGGACAGUCCAACAGUUGAGGCAACCUUGCAGCAUCUGGAAGAAUACGCUACGGAGGGUUUGCGUACAUUGUGCCUAGCAAUGCGCGAGAUACCAGAGGAAGAGCUCCAGCAAUGGCUGCAGAUCUUUGACAAGGCAAACACGACUGUCAGUGGGACCCGUGGUGAGGAGCUUGACAAAGCAGCAGAAAUCAUCGAGCAUGACUUUUUUUUGCUUGGUGCCACAGCUAUCGAAGACAAGCUUCAAGACGGCGUACCAGAUACCAUCCAUACUCUUCAAGAGGCAGGCAUCAAAAUCUGGGUUCUAACGGGUGAUCGACAAGAGACUGCCAUUAACAUUGGCAUGAGCUGUAAGCUCAUAAGCGAAGAUAUGACACUGUUGAUCAUCAAUGAAGAUAAUUCGCCGGCUACGAGAACCAAUAUAGAGAACAAGCUCACUGCCAUUCGAAAUCAGUCAGCGGGAGGUGCUGAGCUAGAGACGCUAGCUCUAGUCAUUGAUGGCAAAUCUCUGACUUUUGCUUUGGAAAAAGACAUGGAGAAGAUGUUUCUCGAGCUUGCGAUCAUGUGCAAAGCUGUGAUAUGCUGUCGAGUUUCGCCUUUGCAGAAAGCACUGGUUGUGAAGCUUGUCAAAAGGAACCUCAAGGCAAUUCUACUGGCGAUUGGGGAUGGCGCCAAUGAUGUCUCCAUGAUACAGGCAGCACAUGUCGGAGUAGGCAUAAGCGGCGUUGAAGGUCUUCAGGCAGCGCGAAGCGCCGAUGUAGCUAUCGGACAAUUCCGAUAUCUUCGAAAGCUCUUGCUAGUACACGGCGCUUGGAGUUAUCAGCGAAUUUCGAAGCUGAUUCUCUACUCCUUUUACAAGAACAUUGCAUUGUACAUGACACAAUUUUGGUAUUCGUUCCAGAACGCCUUUUCUGGUGAAGUCAUCUUCGAAUCUUGGACCUUGUCCUUCUACAAUGUCUUCUUCACCGUCUUUCCACCAGUUGUAAUAGGGAUUUUUGACCAAUUCAUUUCGGCUCGUCUCCUCGAUCGCUAUCCACAACUAUACCAGCUUGGACAGAAAGGUGUGUUUUUCAAGAUGCAUUCUUUCUGGUCCUGGAUUCUCAAUGGGUUUUACCAUUCUCUUCUCGCGUACUUCAUAUCUGAGCUCAUCUGGUUCUGGGAUCUUCCCCAAAGCGACGGAAAGAUAGCUGGCCAUUGGGUUUGGGGGACCGCUCUAUACACGGCAGUCCUCGCGACUGUCCUAGGGAAAGCGGCACUGAUUACGAAUAUUUGGACGAAAUGGACUUUCCUCGCCAUCCCUGGGAGCAUGGUCAUCUGGUUGGCAUUUAUCGCUGUCUACGCAACGGUCGCCCCCAAACUCGGCCUUUCCACCGAAUACGAUGGUGUAAUCCCACGACUCUUCACUUCUCCUGUCUUUUACCUGAUGGCGGUAGUGUUACCCGUGAUCUGCCUCCUCCGAGACUUUGCGUGGAAGUACGCUAAACGCAUGUACCGGCCUCAAACGUACCAUCACGUGCAAGAGAUCCAGAAGUACAACAUCCAGGACUACAGGCCCAGAAUGGAGCAAUUCCAGAAGGCGAUCAGGAAAGUGCGACAAGUACAGCGGAUGCGAAAGCAGAGGGGCUAUGCUUUCAGUCAGGCGGACGAGAGUCAAAAUAGGGUGCUGCAGGCCUAUGACACGACUAGGGAGCGAGGAAGGUACGGUGAGAUGGCGAGCUCAAGGCCAGGAAUGGAGAGGGGCAAAUCACGGAGGAAAUGA